AUGUGAAGUCAAAGUCUUGCCAUUUUCUACCUAUUCUUUAUAUCUUCUCUUUGGAAGAAGUGUGUGAAGUGAAGCUCAAAUGAGUUAAGAUUCAAGACACAGAAACAAGGAAGAAGAGUAACAACAACCAUGUCAGAAUCAAACGCAAUUGCAAAUGGUUUGGCUGGUGCAGGUGGUGGAAUUAUUGCUCAAAUCAUAACUUAUCCUCUUCAAACGGUAAACACGCGCCAGCAAACUGAGAGAACACUCAAAAGGAACAAGCAAAGUUUGCUUCCACAGUCCUCCAACUCGACCAAAGCUCCUGGCACUCUUCUUCAGAUCUUUCAGGUCAUUGGAAGUGAGGGUUGGGGUGGACUCUAUAGUGGCCUCAAGCCUUCUCUUCUUGGAACUGCUGCUUCUCAGGGCAUUUACUAUUAUUUCUAUCAAGUUUUCAAGAACAAGGCUGUGGCCAUUGCAGCUGCGCGGAAAGUGAAAGGGCAUGGAGAUGGUACUGUUGGGAUGUUUGGUUGGCUUGUUGUGGCUGCAAUUGCUGGGUCCUUGAAUGUAUUGCUGACAAACCCAAUAUGGGUUUUGGUUACUCGGAUGCAGACUCAUACUCAAGCAGAAAAGAAAAUCAUGGAGGAAAAGAAAGAAGAUUUAAGGAGGGCAGCUUCUGAAAGCACCAUAGCAGGCUCAACAUUACAAGACAAUUUGGCUGAACUGAAUUCCAUAAAACCUCGUCCAUAUGGAACUAUACAUGCAGCUAACGAAGUAUACAAUGAAGCGGGUAUAGUUGGAUUUUGGAAGGGUGUCAUCCCUGCCCUUAUUAUGGUAUGCAAUCCGUCAAUUCAGUUUAUGAUUUAUGAGAGCUCAUUACAGCAUCUAAGGGCAAAACGCGCUGCUAAGAAGCAAGGGGAUACAAGUAUAUCUGCUUUGGAGGUCUUUUUGGUGGGAGCAAUAGCAAAACUUGGAGCCACUGUCUCAACAUAUCCAUUACUAGUUGUCAAGUCAAGGCUUCAAGCAAAACAGGAGAUUGGUGGAAGUAGCUCAUUAAGAUACUCAGGUACUUUUGAUGCGGUACUUAAAAUGAUCCGCUAUGAAGGAUUACCUGGCUUUUAUAAGGGGAUGAGCACAAAGAUAGUACAGAGUGUUUUUGCAGCUUCUGUUCUAUUCAUGGUUAAGGAAGAGCUUGUUAAGGCUUUUAUGGUGCUAGCAGAUAAAAGCAAGAAAGUUGUAUCAAAUAUGAGUAGUUGAAUCUCUUCAUUUAGCUAAAGAAAGUAAAGCAAGUAGUUUCCUUCUUUACCAUGUGAAAGGGAUAAGUUUCUCUUAGAAUCUGUUUGGAUAUAAGUUUAGAAAUGUUUUUAAAAUCUUUUUUACUAGAAAAUAUUCUUUAUUAUUCACAGAUUGUGGUGAGAGAAUAAUGAAGUAUUCACCAAAUAAUGGAUGAAAUUAACCCCA